AAUCUUUUUUUUUUUUUCGGUGCUUACCUCAGUUGUAUCUUCUUGAAAAGUACAAACGUGCAAUAAAACAGGAGCUUUGGCAAGAUCUAGUUCCGGCUUUGUCUUUUUAAUCUUUAAACGCUGGAAGUGUUUCAAAGACAGCCCACCAUGCGUUGAAGGGAAAGUGUCUUGAUUGGUUGAGCUUUAGCUCAGGAAAGGCCCGAAGGCGAAGUCAACAGCAUAGUAAACAGCUGUGGCCAAUACCCGCUACAAUCCCAUACAAUAGCGUAUGGCAAUCCUAUAUAUAUCGAACGUCUCGUAAAAGAUCAUUUUAUACUACCAACUAUAAGGUCAGAUAAGAGGCACCCUUGAAGCAAUCAGUGGGAAAUCAAAGUCCUUGGUAUUCCUCCUUUGCCCAACGCGGACGGCGGCAUUUGAGUGCAGAAGAAAAUGUCCAAGUCUAAAGACGAGACGAGGAUUUACCGCUUUAUUAGAGAUGACGAUGACCGAAAUUCUGCAGUUUAUGUCAGAACGCGCUCUAUAGUCUGCGUCUCCAUUGUCGUUAUUCUCCUCUCCAUGAUCACGGGCUUUCUAAUUGGCUACUUCAUACCGAAAAGUGUUGAGCAUGCGCAUCCCGUCGAGUCAUCAGACGAGAACAAACAUGCAAGUUACCAACAGCAACUGGUAGAAAGCGUGGAUAAAGGAAGCCUGGAAGAGCUGUUAAGACACUUCAGCCAUCGGCCCCACAUUGGGGGCUCCGAGGAAAGCCAUCGACAGGCCUUUGAAAUUCGGGACACAUGGCAGAAAUAUGGCUUCGACAAGGUGGAAUUGACAAGCUAUGACGUCAUGCUGUCAUAUCCACAGGCAAACCAAGUGAAUACAGCAAAGAUAAUUAGCAACACGGGUGACGUCAUCUACAAGACGCGAACGCAAGAAAAGGUAUACGAGCCAAGCGAGAAGGAUCCCUCAGCUAUCCCACCAUUCCUUGCGUACUCUCCGUCUGGGAAUGUUACUGGAGACCCCGUUUAUGCUAAUUAUGGGCGUGUUGAGGACUUCAAGCAUCUUUUGUCGAAUGGCGUACAGGUCAAAGAUCGCGUCGUCAUCAUGCGCUACGGGAGAGCCUACCGAGGAAGUAUGGUAGCCAAUGCGUAUCGUUAUGGCGCUAUUGGUGCCCUAAUCUACACGGACCCCAAGAAAUAUGCUCCGUACGGAACCGACCUCGCUGACACCUUUCCCAACACGUGGUGGUUGCCAGGCGACGGUGUACAAAGAGGCACUACGUUGAAUGGUUACCCUGGUGACCCGCUGACCCCCUUGUUUCCCUCUGUACCAGGCGCGUACAGGCUCAAGGUGAAUCGAACGGUAAUCAAGUCUCUGCCGAGGAUACCCUGUCACGCGAUUGGGUACGAUGACGCUGAGGAGAUCCUUGCUCGCAUGUCAGGUUCACCAGCGCCUUCUGAUUGGCAGGGCAAUCUACCAAUCACAUACCGCCUCGGUCCAGGCUUUCAAGACACCAAUCUUCAACUCAAUAUGCACAUAAUCACUGAGCUGUCAAUCAAUACCACCUAUGACGUCAUAGCGACCAUCACCGGCCGUGAGGAGCCAGAUCGUCUAGUGAUACUUGGAAACCACAGGGAUGCUUGGGUCUUCGGUGCAGUGGACCCCGUCACGGCAACCGCUGCCACCAUGGAGACGGCGCGAGGGCUCAGUAAGCUGCUUAAUGCGAGCUGGCGUCCGCGAAGAUCCAUCAUGCUUUGCAGCUGGGGGGCGGAGGAGCAUGGUAUAAUUGGUUCCACGGAAUGGGUGGAGGAAAACCUGAAAGUCUUGGAGAGCAAAGCUGUCGUUUAUCUUAACAUGGACGUCGCUGUUAAUGGGAACUUCUCCUUCUUCUUUUCCUCGAGUCCACUUCUCUAUUCUAUAAUCAAUAAUACUCUGAAAGAAAUUCUCGACCCGCGAAGCACGCCAGAUAAAAAGCUGACUUUGUAUGACGUCAUGGCUAAGAGCUUCCCUUCCUCCACGCAUCCUGGCCAGCCAAAUAUGGUCACUCUACCGAGCGGAAGUGACUUCCACAGCUUCUAUCAGUACGUCGGGAUCCCUUACGCGGACUGGGGCUACUUCUGGGCCCAGAAGAAUUUCUCUUUCUCGUACACAGGGUUCCCGGUAUAUCACACAUUGCAUGAGACGUUUUACUGGUAUAAGAAAUUCCUCGACCCCAGGUUUGAGCUCUUGCGGUCGGUGACCCAGUUCUGUGGACUACUGCUUAUGCGAUUAUCCGAUUCGCCGCUCAUUCCCUUCACGUUAACACCGUAUAACACCAUCGUCAAUCGUUAUUUUGCAAGUUUGCAGCUAAACGCCGAGGUUUCGGCUCACUCCAUCGAUCUACAAUACCUCGAACGAGCAGUUCGAAAUCUAUCUAAAGAGAUUGAUGAAUUUGAGAAAAAAAUUAAAGACGUCGAGGAAAACAAAAACUUUAUUUCGCUUCGAGUCCUCAAUGACAAGCUGUUGAAUUUUGAGCGCGCAUUUAUAUUUCCGUAUGGAAUUCCCGGCAUCCCUAGCGCGCGGCAUGUGAUUUUCGCGCCAAAUAUUUAUGACAUGGCCAAGUUUCAGGAAGGAACAUUUCCCACCAUUGGUAACGCAAUGCAUGCAAAGGACUGGGACCAAGUGAGGGAGCAAGUCACCGUCGUGGCGUGGUGUGUGAUGUCGGCUGCUAAAGUUCUGGCUAGCUGAACACACGAACUGCUAUUAAAAUCAUUAGAUUAUCAGUCGAACUAUAGUACUAUAACAAACAGUGUCGUAUGCUUUGGGGAGUAAAGUAAAAAAGUAUAGUAAAAAAAA